CUUAGUUUGAAUGAUAUCGUGUUAAAUUUGUACAUUUCAUACGAGUAUAUACGGUUAUUACCUUUCAAGUAUAUUUUAUUUAAUUCAUAUCUGAAUUGUUCUCGCACUAAGUGGCAUACAACUACUAGUUUAUAUAACGCGAUAAGAGUAAAGAGAUAUCAUAACAUUCUAUAUGUCACUGCAACUUAUCGAAUACACCUUGAUGCUCUAAUAAUGAGGAUGUUGACAUAUAAACAUAUUGCAUUUUACGUAUAUGGAAUUAUUGCAUUCAUAGAUACCUUGAAUGGUGAAUUUACGUUGACUAUUGUUCAUAACAAUGACGUGCACGCGCAUUUUGACCAGAUUAACGUGUACUCGGGGGAAUGUACAGACGGACAGGCAAGAGAAGGUAAAUGUUAUGGUGGAGAAGCCAGGCGCAAUCAAUUCAUCAAAGAUGCCCGGGCACAUUAUAAGAACACACUAGUGUUAGAUGCUGGCGACAGAUUUACUGGAACGCUUUGGUUCAACAAAUAUCAAGGUCAGGCUGCCGCGAAGUUUGUCAACAUGGAAAAUUAUGAUGCCGUUUGUCUAGGGAAUCACGAAUUUGACCGAGGUGUAGCUGGGUUGGCUCCUUACCUUAAAAAUCUUACUGUGCCGGUAAUAGAUGCAAACAUUGACGUCAGUAGAGAAGAGAAAUUACAAGGUCUAUUUAACGCUACAAUGAUAAAAGAAGUAGGCGGAGUCAAAAUCGGUCUGAUUGGUUACAUUACUACAGACACAGCGUUCAUAUCAAACGCAGGAGACACGGUUCAGUUUCAAGAUGAAGUCACAACCGUAAGAAAGGAAGCAAACAAGUUAAGAGACGCAGGGGUUAAAGUUAUUAUCGGUUUGAGUCACGCCGGGUACGGCAUGGAUAAAAAGGUUGCAAGAGAAGUGGACAAUAUUGAUGUCAUAGUUGGCGGACAUUCGCAUACUUUCUUAUAUACAGGAGAAAAACCAUCCAAAGAAGAGAUAGAGGGUCCAUAUCCUACGAUAAUAAAUCAAACAAGUGGACGUAAAGUACCUGUUGUUCAGGCAUAUGCAUGGGGCAAAUAUAUGGGCUUUAUUAACGUGACUUUUGAUGAUGACUUUGAAGUUAAAUCUUGGUCUGGUUCGCCAGUUCUGUUAGAUAAAAGUAUCCUCCAAGACCAAGAGACGUUGAAUGUUAUAAAUGAAAUGAAGAAACCGCUAGAAGCAAUGAAAGCUCAGAUUGUUGGGAGGACUGUUGUCAAACUUGAGGGUGAUCCCAUUCAGUGUAGGCUGAGGGAAUGUAACUCUGGUAAUCUUCUGACGGAUUCAAUGGUAGAAUAUCAUAUAGACAAACGACAGUCUAAUGAUACAUGGGCACUAGCGUCUAUAGCACUACUGUCCGGGGGAGGUAUUCGAGCGUCCACCGAACCAGGGGAUAUAUCAAUGGGUCAGGUGCUCUCAGUACAACCAUUUGGUAAUGUUGUCGACAUGGUGAAACUGAAUGGCUCUAUUUUACGACAAGCUUUCGAACAUUCUGUAGCAAAAUAUGACCGACAUGACAGACCUGGGGCUUUCUUUCAAAUGUCAGGUGCUCAUGUCGUAUACGAUCUCUCAAAGCCACCAGGAAGUCGUGUAGUCUCUCUAGAAGUCCGAUGUUUGAAUUGUACGGUGCCCAUUUAUGAGCCGGUUAACAAUGAUUUAGUUUACAAUGUAUUACUGAAUGACUUUACCAUCAAAGGCGGAGACGGGUUUACAAUGAUUCGUGAUGGAAACCUAGACCAUAUACAAACAAAUUCUCUGGAUUCCGACGUGUUUAAAACCUAUCUCACAAAACAUAACCCCGUAUUUGCCGAUACUGAGGGUAGGAUAAGGUUUAUCAAUUCAUCGGAGACUUCUUCUGCAUCGACAUCAUCUACAUCAACGUCGCCAUUUGCAUCAACGAAAGUACCGUCUGAUAAAGGGUGCAUUAAUAGCGCCGGCAGCAUAGGGCGCUUGUUUCAUAUGCAUGUCAUCAUAAUAGUAGCUUCUUUACAGCAAUUUAUGUGACCGCAAUGUUCGUUUUAUAUUUAAAGCAGCAUGCCUCCAGAUUCAUGUUGAUUUCCAUUCAAAUGUUUAAAAUGUACUUAAUAAUGUGAAUGUGAAGUGAACAAAACAGUAAUUUACACAUUUUAACGGCAUUUACAAUCCACGUAAGUUACCAGAAAGAGGUCAUAAUAUGCAAAUACUAAAACACCGGUCUUUAAUUGCACAUAACAUGUAAAUGAUUUCUUGAAUCUUGAAUAUUUCUACUUUUUUUAAACCUUUGUACAUUUUUAUCAAGUGUGAUUUUCAUGAAAUAUUUGGCUCAUCUGGAGGCAUCUUAAACAGUUAUCAGAUGCAAAAGUAUAAAGGUUGUUUUGUUGUGUUCAUAGCAUACACAUUAGUUGAUAUGUCAAUUGCUUUUUGUAAUGUCUUUGUAUACAGAUAUAGGUUGAUUUUCAAUUAUUAUUUUGUGUUCAGAUGCCAGGCAGAUUCCGUAUUUGUAAAAUGAAUAAUACAUUAUCUCACAAUACAAUAUUCAAAUAGCAACUUAAACAUCAUUUAACAGAACAGUAUUAUGAUUGUAGUAGAGUAGUACAGUAGUAUAAACUAUUAGAUGGAGGUCACUAGCUAAAAGGGAGACAGACACAACGCUUUGAUCAUGAACUAUAACAAACACAUUGAAUAAAAAACAC